AUGGCGGGUACCGAGCUCCGAAUCGGGAGCCAGCCGGCGCUGUAUCCAUCCCAUCCUCUGGCUCCUACCUACCUGCGGCGUGAUCUCCCGGCUGUGGAUGUGAGGAAUCUCUGGCGGCUGCGUGACGAGGGCAAUUGCCCCCUCCCGAACAGCAAGAGCGCCACAUCUUCGAGUUUUUCGGCUUCCAAGCACUCUGUGGAGUUUGCGUCGGUUAGCAGCUUUCGGGACACGCUUCGCAAGCACACCCGGUCACCCUGUAGCCCAUCGCAGAAGUACAAGUAUGGGUCUGCGACGGCGCAUGAGAUCGGAUGGUUUAUCGACGAAUCCCCGACUCAGAAGAUCGGGCUGCGAAGACCAAAGCAUGGGCUGAAGGAGUCCGAGACGACGCGUUACUACAACAACAUGAAAGCGACACUGUCUGAGGCCCAACAGCUAUUUGCACCCUUCGGCCACUUGCCCUUGCACGAGACGUCCGAGGCGGCGCCAGCGGCCCCGAGCGCAGGACCGGCGAAGAAGUCGGGCAUCCCGUCGCUGCCUGGUGGCAGCAGCAGCAUGAGUGGCACUCACAGCCUCGGACUCGGUGGCGAUGCCCUUUUCAACAGCAAAGGAAGCUGGAAGGAGGGGCACGGCAGUCAUCCGAACUCGGGCAGAAGGCCCUCGGGCUUCGGAAGCGGCAAAGAAAAUGCAGGUGGUUCUAAAGGCUUUAACCUACCGCCACUGGGCGCAUCAAUGGCACCCAUGGACGGCCGAAAGAGCUCUGGCACAGGCAAGAAGAGCCCUGGAGCACGCUACCUAAAGAUGGCGCGCUACCAACCAGGAAUGCCGCAGCAGAUGUCAUCCUUGCCGGCCGUGCGGCCGAGUAUGCCUCCGGGCGCCGGCGUGCCGGGCGUGGCUGGCGUUCCAAGCGCCGGCAAUGCGCGGCCGGAUGCCUUGCCGGAGGUUGGCGGAGGGCCCCCCCGACAAAGCUACUUCGGAGCCCAUGCCGCCAGAAUGCUGGGCUGA